CUUCAAAAUAAAGAAAAAAAAAAUAGAAUUAGCUACCAAAUGAUACACACAAGCUCUCUAGUCUAUAUAAAGCCAUUAACUCGAUACCUCACAAAUUACAAAGUAAAAAAGGAGAUAAUAAUCACAAACUACAAAAAGAAAGAAAAAAAAAAUAGUCUUUUUACAUCAAUGGAAGAAUCAAAAGCGCCUCACGUUGUGAUCAUACCGAGUCCUGGAAUGGGUCACCUCAUCCCACUCAUUGAGUUUGCUAAAAGACUUGUUCACCAACACGGCUUCAACGUGACCUUCAUCGUCGGUGGCGAAGGUCCACCGUCAAAAGCUCAGAGAACCGUCCUCGGCUCUCUUCCUUCUUCAAUCUCCUCCGUCUUUCUCCCUCCCGUCGAUCUCACCGAUGUCCCCUCGUCGGCUGGCAUCGAAACUCGGAUCUCCCUCACCGUGACUCGUUCAAACUCGGAGAUCCGGAAACAUUUUGACUCGUUCGCGGCGGAAGGUCGUUUACCGAAGGCCCUCGUCGUCGACUUGUUCGGUACGGAUGCUUUCGACGUAGCCUCGGAGUUCCAUGUGUCGCCGUAUAUCUUCUACCCAUCAACCGCCAACGUUUUGUCGUUUUUUCUCCAUUUGCCUAAACUAGACGAAACGGUGUCGUGCGAGUUCAGGGAGUUAACCGAACCGGUUCAGCUCCCUGGUUGUGUUCCGCUGGCCGGAAAAGAUUUACUUGACCCGGUCCAAGACCGGAAAAUCGAUGCAUACAAAUGGCUUCUCCAUAACACAAAGAGGUACAAAGAAGCCGAAGGGAUUCUUGUGAAUAGUUUCUUCGAGCUUGAGCCAAAUGCUAUAAAGGCCUUGCAAGAACCGGGUCUUGAUAAACCACCUGUUUAUCCGGUUGGACCGUUGGUUAACAUCGGUAAGCAUGAGACUAAACAAACCGAAGAGUGCGAGUGUAUAAAGUGGUUGGAUAACCAACCGCUCGGUUCGGUUCUCUAUGUGUCCUUUGGUAGUGGCGGUACACUUACAUGUGAGCAGCAAAAUGAGCUUGCGCUCGGUCUUGCAGAUAGUGAGCAACGGUUUCUUUGGGUCAUACGAACUCCGAGUGGGGAUGCUAACUCUUCGUAUUUUGACUCACAUAGCCAAAACGAUCCGUUGUCAUUUUUACCACCCGGGUUCUUAGAGCGGACCAAAGACAGAGGCUUUGUGAUACCUUCUUGGGCUCCACAAACUCAAGUCUUAGCCCAUCCAUCAACGGGAGGGUUUUUGACUCAUUGUGGAUGGAACUCGACUCUAGAGAGUGUAGUAAGCGGUAUUCCACUUAUAGCAUGGCCAUUAUACGCAGAGCAGAAGAUGAAUGCGGUUUUGUUGACUGAAGAUAUCCGUGCGGCACUUAGGGCGCGUGCCGGGGAUGAUGGGGUAGUGAGAAGAGAAGAGGUGGCUAGAGUGGUGAAAGGAUUGAUGGAAGGUGAAGAAGGUAAAGGAGUGAGGAACAAGAUGAAAGAAUUGAAGGAAGGAGCUUCUAGGGUGUUGAAGGAUGAUGGAUCUUCUACGAAAGCACUUAGUCUCGUGGCCUUAAAGUGGAAAGCCAACAAUAAACAGUUAGAGCAAAAUGGCAACCACUAAAUAUUUUUUAUGCCUAAUAUGGUUUGUAUAACCAAAGAUUGGAUUUGUGCAAUUGUGUUUUUGUGUACGUAUGUUAUUACUUUUCGUUGCUUUUGUCUCAACUUUUAUUUGUAAAUGCUUUUUUGGCUUUUGAUUAAGUGAUGGUAAGUAAGUUUUAGAUGGUGCAA